CGACUGCAGUCUACAGCUCUGGGAGUGAAAGGUAGUCACUGCCAUUCAGCCUCGGUUUUAUUAUUAGCUCUCUUGGAUUUGGCAGCAGGUUUUUUUCCCCCUCUCUCUUUCUCUCUCUCUCAGCAGCAGCGACUUCUGCGUUGCGCAACCAAGUAGGCUGCACAUUUUGGGAUCUCAGGUAAAGGUGCGGGAUUACCGAAGAGAGAAGCGACCAAAUACUUAGAAGCUGCUAUAGUAGGUCAGGUAGGACUCGAUCGAUGGCCCUUUAAUUUAAACCCACAACGUAGUAACGCCGCGCGUUUAAAGCAGCGCUCAGUUUUCGCUUCCCGAUGUUCAAGACGGCCAAUUACCCGAGUGUGGAUCCUGCGCCCACCAUCAUGCACGGCACUUGGUUUACCACGGGAUGCCGAGAAAACAUGCCCGUGGCGGUGGAGAAACCUAAGAAAAAGGCGUUCAGCUUGGUCAAAAUAAUGUCUCUGAACAACAAGAAGGGGCACGGCCAGCAUCCGCACAAUAACAACAACAACACCAUGCCUUUUACGAUCCACUGUCAUAUCGGGAAAGAGAUAAAGCACAUUUGCAGCAAUUGCAGCCGCGGAAACGACACGCAGGACGUGGAGGAAGUAGAGAGGCUUGCCGCCAUGCGCUCGGAGUCCUUGGUCUCUGGUACCCACACUCCACCCAUCCGUCGGCGGAGCAAGUUUGCAACUCUGGGGCGGCUCCUCAAGCCCUGGAAAUGGAGAAAGAAGAAGAGCGAGAAGUUCAAGCAGACAUCAGCUGCUUUGGAGAGGAAGAUGUCAAUGCGACAGAGCAGAGAUGAGCUUAUCAAGAGAGGAGUGCUGAAGGAGAUCUUUGAAAAAGCAACCGUUGAAUUCCGAUCCUCAAUGGAUGGCAGCGUCUGCACUCAGGAGCCCUCUAUGAAAUCGUCGAUGGUCUUGCCCACUAAGAAAUCUGUCGGCUAUCCAGGUGACCAUCAGGACAACCCUGCCAAACCACCGCUUUACCAUAAACAGCCUCCUGCUCUCCCCCCAAAGCCUUUCUCUAGGAUCCCAAACCACAGCACAGAUUCUUGCCAGCCAAUGAAGUUGCCCUGCAUGCCCGGGGGAAAGCACUCUCCACCUCUGCCACCCAAGAAAGUGAUGAUUUGCGUGCCUCCAGGGGGGCUGGACUCCUCCUCAUCCUCCCCUUCUCCAUCCCCCAACCCCCUCAACACUCUCCCACAAAAGUCUGCCCCUCCCCAGGGCAUGCCUUCCCUACAUGGCACCUUACUGCCCUCCCAGCUUGCCGGUCUAGCCGGUCUACACCAGAGCCACGGUCACCCGCUCCAGCUUCAGUACGGCAGCUUACACGCCCCCAGCCGGAUCAUCGAGGAGCUCAAUAAAACCCUGGCACUCUCCAUGCAGAGGUUUGAAAGCUCUGCUCUGCACGGCGGUGGUCAGUGUGCCCCCUUAGAAAGAAGAGAAGUGCCAUCUGUGAUCAUCGACUACGAGGAUGAUAAGGAGAACUUGCCUAAUGAAUCUGACUAUGAAGAUCUACCCAGCAUGUAUAAGGAUGAGGAUGAUGAUGUGGAUGACGAUGAAGACGACGAUGAAGAUGACGACUCAAUAUUUACAAGUACACUGGCUCAGAAGGUACUAAGAAAAGACUCUUUGGCCAUCAAGCUGAGUAACCGUCCAUCUAAGAGGGAACUGGAGGAGAAAAACAUCCUGCCCAUGCAGACAGAUGAAGAGAGACUGGAAUCUAGGCAGCAGAUAGGCACCAAACUCACAAGACGCUUGAGUCAGAGACCCACAGCUGAGGAGCUAGAGCAAAGGAACAUCCUCAAACCUCGCAAUGAGCAGGAGGAAAUGGAGGAGAAAAGGGAGAUAAAACGAAGGCUCACGCGAAAGCUGAGCCAGAGGCCCACUGUAGAGGAACUGAGACAGGCCAAAAUCCUCAUUCGAUUCAGUGACUAUGUGGAGGUGUCAGAUGCCCAGGACUACGACAGGCGGGCAGAUAAGCCCUGGACCCGGCUCACUGCAGCUGAUAAGGCAGCUAUAAGGAAGGAACUCAACGAUUUCAAGAGCAACGAGAUGGAAGUGCACGAAUCAAGUCGCCAUUUAACCAGGUUUCACAGACCAUAGUAGACCACCACUGUCUCGAGCAGUGCCCAACCGGCGCUCUCCUCCACUGAGAACCUUAAGUGCUGGACAGCAAAAUGGUGCCCGUUUCUACAAUAAGGCCAUGUCUUCUGAAAUGCCUUUUCAAGUCCCACACAACUGAGUCGGUACUACGCCACAAGACGCAGACACCCACUACUCCAUCCAUGUAGUAGCACACAAAGACUCCAGCCGAUUCACAUUGCCCCCGCCCCGUGUGGAAUUUGCUCGACUAUCUCUAAACCUCUCUGCUGAGCUCUCAGGCAGGCACUCAGUUCUGUGGCGAUUGGAUAGCAGACCAGUUUUUUCGUUUGAUUGGCACGCUUGUGUCAUCUACUGAGGGCAACUGUACCUUGGUAUGUCAAUAACACCAGUAGACUUGUCUCAGUGGACAUGUUUUUAUUCCUCUUCUUUAUUAUGCUGUCACACCAGACUCCUUUAGCCCUUACGGACAGCUUUUGUGCCAGGAUGCAGGGUUGAUUGUUCUGAGCUCAUUAUGUCAGCAGAAGCUCCAUCAUUACUACACCUGCUGGGACUUUGGAAACAGCUUAGAGAAACAGGAGGAAGGGCGGGAGGGAAGGAGGCGUCCAACAUUAAAAAUCAUGUGCAAUACGUUUUUUUUUCCUUCUGCUUUUCUUAGACUAUAGCACCCCCUGGAGUUUCCUCUAUGUCAUUACUAUGUAGUCCUGACUUCUUUCAUGCACUUCUCACUGUACCGAAAAUGCUGACAUUUAAUUGCUAACUGUGAAUUUAAGAGUUGGGCCUAACGCCUGUACUCUCUCUCUCUCUUUAAAUGUAUAUUUUGUUUAUACUGAAGAAGGUCAAAUUUAAAGAAGAAUCUCGUUUAACUACAUUUUAUUCAUGUCGGUCUUAUAAAUUUACUGUCAAAAUUGGCAGCUGGCGGAUAUUUUCUGGUUUCCAGUGUGUGCAAGAAUGACCUGUUUUGUAUUAUUUUGACAGUGUUAACUGUUUUUUUUGUUUUUUAUAGAGGCGCUCGGCUCAUAAACAAUUAAUUUACGUCUUUACAUGUCAGUGCUUUGAUGUGUGUGAUUUAUAUCAAGAGAUGACUCACCACAUUGUCUUUUUUCUUUUGCAGAAGUGUGUGAAAUGAUCUUUGCUCAUAACGUGCAUUGUAUUAUACACUUUACUUUUAUACUUGUGUCACCCAAGCUUUUGACAAAGCAAUACCCAGCGUUUAUAGAGAAAAGGUUAAACUGCAGGUGUACCCCCCCCACACACACAAACACACACACACACACACCAUUGUUUUUUACUGUGCGUACAUACUAUGCCUACACUUCAGGGUUUAAAGUUUUCUUUUAUACCUUACUUUUAAAAAAAGGAAAAAAAAGGCUUUAUUCUUGGGGGACUUUUUUCAGCAAUUUUCUUGACUGAGCCACCUGAAAAUCUGCCUCUUUGACAGCUUUACCGACACAUUCGGACAAGAUUUGAUGGAACUCUCAACGAAAAAGGACGCAUUCUCUAUUUCAAAAGAUUUGAGCACUGAUUUUAGUGUAUUCACUGAGUCAGCAUUUUUAAAUAUUUUUAUUCCUAAAUAUAGUUUGCACUGUUAAGAGUGUGGCUUUAAAGUGGCCGUUGUUUCAAGGUAAAGUCCAAAUGUGUAAAAUAUUGUUGGAUUUCUGAGGUGUAACCAGUGUGUCUCUCCACUUCAGUGGUCUUUGUUACCUGAUCACCGACCCUUCACCAGUAGUCCAGUGCUCACGAGCUUUAUGUGCACAGAAUAUUUUCAUUAUUUUCUACUGUAUUGCUUUUAAAGUUGCAAUAUGAAAUUGUCAGAUGAAGAAACAGUGGAGUUGAACGGCUGCCGCUCGCCUUUUACAAUACAUCUGUCUGCAAAUUAACAGGGUUUUCGCGGUGAUAGAUGACCUAAUGAAAUCAGGGAAUUGACGACAAAAAAAAGAAGUUUUGCACUGCAUGGUUUGAAUGUGAAUGGAUAGGGGUUUGCUGAAUUUCAGAUCAGAAUCAAUACACAAGUAUUUUUCUUGUCAACCCCCCUUCUUCUUCUUUUUUUUUUUUUUAAAUAUCAAAAUUUCAAUGGGUCAUCUAAUUGCAGACACUUUAAUAUAUGUGGUAUUUCGUGUUGGGAGCAGCUUCUGUAUAAUUCAGCCAUCUCAACAUGUUCUUUCAUUUUUUUAAGUCCAGAGGUUCAGUACAAGCAUAGUAGGAAUAGGGAGGAAUUUAUAUUAAAAAUAAACUCCAGUUCUCAUUUUCAGCUCUUUAGUAACAACCUGAGCCAACGGGCUGAGCAUGAGGUUUUUCCAUUUUGCUGGAAUCAAGGAACAUGAUGUCAGCAAUAAUCUGAUUCCUUUUACAUGUCUGUGGAGCAACUGAACAAAAACUGAAUGCAGUCCUCUUUUUUUCCCCCAUUUUUAAUCUACAGAAUACUAUGUAAAGGAUACAUCAUGCCAAUUAAACUCCAUUUCUGAAUGCA